AGAUGCGUUAGGUAGGCAGCCGGAUUGCAUCGGCCGACGGCCAGCCACGACACUUCGAAAAAUCACUGCUCGACACCGGUUUCCGAAAGACCUCGAGCACAAAUCUACCCUAGACAAAUCAAAGCAUCAGUACAAGGCUUGGAGCGCUUGCCCAACGAAAUCAUUGAAGCCAUUAUGAAGCUUCUGUGGAAGGCCGACAUUCUCAGCCUCCGCAGGACAAGUCGCAGGUUGUGUGCCGCGGUAGCACACGACCAUUUCAGAAGCUCAUACCGAUUGAACUCGGGACGAGUCAGACUCACUCGCCAAGGUCUGCAUACAUUUGUCCGAGCCAUGACUUCGCCCCUGUUUGUGGACUGCUUGCACACCAUAGAGGUAGUGGGCAUUAUGGACGACACGGAGCAGCUUCAUGACCAUGUCGAGCGGGAACAUGGCAGCGACGAAAGGUACGAACAGGCAGAGGAGGGUAUAAACAUCCCCCAAGCGCGCCAACAUGAUCAGGAUGACCUCUUGGCCUCGGAGGAGCAUAUCCGCCUCCUUGCCACUGGCUUUCAGAGCCUUGCUGUGUCCGGAACGAAAACUCUACACGUUCGUGCCGUAGGAUAUUGCAAUGCUUGCACCGACAGAUGGGAUGCUACUGCCAGGACGUUUCACAUCACGAUGCGCGCCAUCGCCGAAAGCGGACUCCAGCUGGACAGGUUGACGAUUUUCUGGUGCGACGUUGACUGCAGUCUGGCAUGCUCCGAGCUUGACAAGGUCAAUUGGGAGAGCCCUGCGUUGAUCGAGUGCAUCACCAAUUUGAAAUCGCUUUCGCUGAGGCUUUCGAACCCUCGUGAAGAACCACUUUUGAAGACAUCGGCUGAAGCGGUCGAUGAGGAGAAUCUUGCCGGCCUGACCAGGCUCCUGCGCCAUUGCACUUCACUGGAGUCGCUCGAACUCCGUUACUACAAACUCGCGUCUCCCUUUCCAUCGACAGCGAGCGCGAAACAUCUCGAGCAGAUUGCCGACACCGUCAAACUACCGCUUCUGAAGACGUUGAAACUCCAUGAUCUUGUCGCCCGCGAGCAGGCCCUAUAUUCUCUCCUCAAAAGCGCAACAGUGCUAGAACAGCUUGAACUGAAUAACGUCGUGCUGUGCCAAGGAACACCUAGGAGGUUUCUUGACUAUUGUUCGAGAGAACAAGGAACAAUCCGACACUUGUAUCUUUGUGAUGUCUUCGAGCACCAACUUGAACAUUCAUCCAUCCGCCAUCGGCUCAAGUUCAUCGAAUCGCCUUUGCGAGGACGCUCGAGGAAGACACUACUGCGCAGGGGUCCGCAGGUCGCGAAACCCAUCGACUAUGAAACGAUACAGGACGGAACAAUAAAUGAUACUGCUCUUGCUGACUGGGAGGAGCAUGAGGAAUAUCGAUUGGAAGAUGGGCCGCUGUGAAGCCGUCGCGUAGGUGAAACCUCGAAAAGAAAUCGAGGUAGUUGUGGUCCUCGCAGUACUUGUUCAGUGGCAAGAGGCGACGCGCGGUCUCUCCAGAAAGGCGAAGGUGACAUCCCGCCGAGUGACGAGGACCUUGCGCCCUUCGAAGUCCAAUGGAAGGAACGAUCGGAGACUGUCGAAGGUAUAGGAGCCUUGCAACUCAGCGGGAGAUGUCCACCGAAGAGGCACGUUGUCCCGCUUGACCAGCUGGACAGCAUCGACGGCUUGAGGCAACUUUCGAGAUGCAUGUGCAGUCAUUGUCAGACCGGUUCCGUAGUUACCACGAACAUGCAAAACGUAUACCAUC